AUGAAUCACAUUAAAGCUUUUGGUCUGGCCAAAUGGGCAACUGGGGAGAAAUUGGAACUUAUAGAAAUGGAGGGGGAAGUUGGUCUCAAUUCAGAUUUAUCUGAUACACUCAUGAUUCUUAAGACCAAAACAAUUAGUUAAUUUCAGAAGAUAGACUCAUUGCCAUCUAAAAAAGGAAGAUGGUAUUAUAUGCCUUUUAAUAAGGAGAUCAUCUAAAUUGUGUUAGCAACUCCAGAUUGUAAUCAAUACAAUAUUGAAAUGCUUAUUAGUGCCAUUUAAUCGAAAAUAUUGAAUGGAAAUGCUAUUCUCAAUGACAAUCAGAGGGAUAAUAUCCUUAAGUUAUUGAUCUAUUUCGAGAGGCAAUACAACAAAGAUCCAAAACAAAUCAAAUAAAUCAUGUAGACAUUGGAUAAUACGAAAUAAUCAGUCUAGCAAAACAUAGAAAAACUAAUCAACAAUAAAGAACAAUUGAGUCAAAUUGAAAGUAUAUCCUAUCUUAUUUUAGUUAAAUCUUUGGAAUUGGAGGAUACAUCAAAAGUCUUUUAUGAUACGGCUACUGCUGUUCACAGAAAGAAUAGAUUGAAUAGAUUAAAAAGAAGAUUAAUUAUUGGAGGGAUAGCAUUUGUAAGUUUAAGUUUUAUUUGUUAUUGGAUUUUCUAUUGA